AUGGACGGUCAUCCCACGCUCUGGUGUGCAAAACUGUCAGAGCACAUUGGUACAGAGGCUCUGCUCGCAUCCCCCCUGCCCGUCCACGGUGCUCUGUUUCUGGCCUUGUUUUAUCGCGGCGGCGUCACGCUCCGGCCUGCGUGCGGAGCCGGCUGGAUGUGGACAGGGAUGUCGGGGAACGGCAGUCGAGAAAGAGGUCACAAUACCUCGAAGAUGACCUGCGAACUCUGCCUGUCAUUGGCAGAGAAUGCUGUGACCUGCUUUAAGAAAUACCAGUAG